UGCUUUGUUUGUGCCUCGUCGGAUAGAUUUGGGGCAUUUGGGGAGGGAAAUCAUCAUCAUCAUCCGGUCGUAACAUCGACGGUUAUUCUUGUGGCUCGAUCUUUUUCUUAUCCACGUCGUUCCACUUUCAACGGAUCAACAACUGGCAACUCGUCCUAUCUCUCUCUCUCUCUCUCUCUUUCGGAUCGGAUCGAGGACUCUAGUAUAGACUAGCAUAUCUACCUUUGCCUCUACGACUCACAACAGACACACUCGCUCCUUGGAUACGAUCAAGAGCCACCGACGUCGCCACAGGACUCGACGAUCAACAGACACUCUUUAGACAACCAAUAAACAUCACCUCGACUACCAUCAGCUACUUUCUACGGAUCUCUUCUUUACUUUAUCGUCACACCACACGCGUUCGACCAACAUCAUGUCGUUUGUUCAGACCCAUGCACCACUACUCGCCGACCACUUCGGUCCCAAGAACUCAUCAGCAGUUUUGAACGAGCUAUAUGCUGGUGUCGAUCUCGGAUCGCUCAGCUGGGCUGAACAGUUGUGGGUCAACUGGUACAUCUACAUCGGCAACCCUGUCAUCGCGACCGGUCUCAUGUCGUUCCUUCUGCACGAGAUCGUCUACUUUGGACGAUGCAUUCCCUGGAUCAUCAUCGACAAGAUGCCCAUGUUCAGGAAGUACAAGCUCCAACCGACCAAGGUGCCUUCGAACGCCCAGAUGUGGAAGUGCACCAAGGCCGUGCUUCUGAGUCAUUUUACCAUCGAGCUGCCCCAGAUCUGGGGAUUCCACCCGAUGGCUGAAUACUUUGGCUUGGCUACGCAUACCGUCCCCUUCCCGUCCUGGACCGUCAUCGUCCCCCAGAUCGCCCUCUUCUUCGUCCUCGAAGACACCUGGCAUUACUUCGCUCACCGAGCACUCCACUACGGUCCUCUCUACAAGCACAUCCACAAGAUGCACCACGAGUACUCGGCACCCUUCGGACUCGCCGCCGAAUACGCUCACCCCCUCGAAGUCCUCAUCCUCGGUAUGGGCACCAUCGGCGGUCCCCUCCUCUACUGCCUCAUCCGACCGGACCUUCACAUCAUCACGGUCUACAUCUGGAUCGUCCUCCGACUUUUCCAGGCCGUCGAUGCUCAUUCGGGUUACGACUUCCCUUGGAGCUUGAGGCACUGGCUACCCUUCUGGGCCGGGGCCGAUCACCACGACUUCCACCACAUGGCGUUUACCAACUGUUACUCGACUUCGUUCCGAUGGUGGGACAAGCUCUGUGGGACCGAGAACAAAUACGAGGCUUACAAGGCCAGGGUCCGGGCUGCCAAACCUUCGGAACGGGAAGCUACCGAGAAGAAGGAACUCGAGGCCGUCGAGCGAGAAGGAUUGGUUGCCGAACGAUUGGCCGAGCGGGGUUACGGCAAGGCCAUGAUGGGCGUACCGAAGGGCAAGCUCGAGUAGGAGAGGAAGAACAUACCUAUCCCGCGCGCGCGCGUCCGACGUCGUCGACGAGGUCGACCUCGACUUCGCGACGUCGGGCGCGGCUCCAACGGAUCGACAUCGAGACGGGAAUAGACGAAUAGAUGAACGCGAGACGCGACGACCGGUUCGAUAGGAUUGUACGACCACAACCCAUGUCGGCCCUUGCAUAUUAUAUACAUACAGACCAACAUAAUAUAUCAACCGCGGAUAUAUCUACAACGUCGCGUGCCAUGCGUUACGCGUGUUGGUGAUCGACCAC